AUGCUUAAUUCAGCAGCACCAGCAGCAGCAGCAGCAGCAGCAGCAGCAGCAGCAGCAGCAGCAGCAGGUGUAGCAGAUGAAGCAGAUCCAGCAGCAGCUGAAGCAGAUCCAGCAGCAGAUGAAGCAGAUCCAGCAGCAGAUGAAGCAGAUCCAGCAGCAGAUGAAGUAGCAGAUGCAGAUGCAGCAGCAGCAGCAGCAGAUGCAGCAGCAGCAGAUGCAGGGGGAAGCAGAAGCAGAAGCAAGCAGCUGCAGGAUCUGCCCCGACAUACCCUGCAGCAGCAGCAGCAGCAGCAGCAGCAGCAGCAGCAACAGCAGCAGCAGCAGCAGGAGUGGCAGCAGGAGGAGCAGCAGCAGAAAAUAUGGAGAGCUGCUCUUUAA